AUGUCGAAAGAUGAUUUCUGGUUAAAUUCACCGACAGAUCCUCCCAGCUCUGAUUGGGCACUUAAUUCUCCACAGAGAUCUGGUUUUGUGGAUCCAAUUGAUAUGGAUUUACCUUAUAUGGAUUCACCACUUCAAAUGAAUUUUGAUCCAACUUUGCCACCAUCUCCAAAUCCUACUUCCCCCGGUCAAAUACCUGAUUUAAUAUUCGGCGAUACUCCCGCCGAAUUUCCAAAUUUUGCACCUCCUCAACUCAUUCCUCAGCAUAGAAGAACCCCAUCAAGUCCAGCACGUGCUCCUAUGUUUAAUUUUGCACAAUAUCGUGAAGUUCCAGCACCAGCAGCUGAAGCUCCAGAGGCCAAAAGAACUCAACCAAUUGUUCAACCAACACCCCAGCAUACGAGAAGUCUAACAUCACCAGCAACCCUACCGGCGAUCAAUGAUGGCUUCGAAGCAGCUCUAUCUGAUCCAGGUAUCAAAUUUAAUCCAAAGAAACUUGGUUUUAUUCCAAGUAAGAUAUGGACAGAUCAAGAAUUCUCAUUUGGAUAUCUUGUACAGAACUUUUUCCAAAAGAAAAAUAACGCUAACUCUAGAUUUUCUCACAAAUUAUAUAACGCAUUAAAAAUUGCAGAAUCAGACAGACUUUAUGCGGAUCUUCUUGGUGUAGAAUGGCUUAACGAUAGAGUACUCAGAGUAGAAAAGAAUAGAUUUGCAAGAUUACUUGGAAUUAGAACUAUCGACGGCAGCUUCUUCCAUCAACAAGGUAAUUUCCCAUCCCAUGGAUUUAUCGAGCUCGAUCCUAAUACUGCUCCACAGAUGGUUACUCCAAAAGACCUUGAGGGAGUUGAUUACGACAAUGUUCGUCUUCUCUUCCAUUCUCAGAAUAUAUUUAUCCGUGGUUGCAACGAAAGCGUCCUAGAAGCCUGCAAGUGGACAUCAUCUCGAAAGAGAAAUGUUUAA